AUGUCCGAGCAAGAGGUGGUUGAUGGGCGAAAACAAACUGUCGAGAUGGACUCAGCAUAUCAUCUGGUCACUGUUUACAAGCCGUCGGCGGCGAGUCGAGAUACAGCUAAAGAGUUCACCUUUGAUGCGGUGUACCCCCCUGUGGCGAGUCAGAGCCAGAUCUACGAGGAGGCUGCUUACCCAAUAGUAGAGAACGUUCUUGAGGGAUACAAUGGGACUAUCUUUGCGUAUGGUCAGACGGGCACUGGGAAGACGCAUACGAUGGUGGGACCGUCUGGAGGGAAGAAAAGUGACACGGUAUCAUUCCGCGAGCAUUUGAGCAUCUUUUUAAGAGCAUCGAUGAGAGCGGCGGACAGGAUAUUUC